AUGCAUAGGCAACACCAACAGCAGCAGCAGCAACAACAACAGCAACAACCACGUCGUCGUUCCUACGAUGGGCACUUUCACAGCUCUUCUGCAACCAAUACGGCGAACAAUACCAAUGAUCUAUUAUCGUUACCCAAACAACGACGACCGAGUCCUGUUCCUUCAGUAUCAUUGAGUGCUACUCCCACGAGCAGUAGUCAUCAUCAUCAUCAUCAUCACCAUCAUCAUCCUCAUUUGCAACAUUAUCAAAAGCAUCUUGACAAGCAUAUCCCUUUUCCUCGAGGUGGACGACACAUUGAUGAAAACGAGGCAGCUGAACAGCAACAACCUACACCAAAGAAACGGCAUUUAUUUGGACGUUUUGGAAAGAAAAAGAGUUCCUCAUCAUCGAGUCAACAUGACAGCAGCAAUGGAUCAGCAGUAACAGCAUCAAGCAGUAGCAGCAACAAUACGCCACAUAUCAAUGUACGAAAUGACUCGUUGAAUACCACUGCAUCAUCCUCAGCAGCAUCGACAUUAUCCUUGGCAUCAAGUUCACUUUCUACAGCAUCCACACUGGUUCCGCCACUACAUCAUCCACAACAACAGCGUAAAGGUUCCAGCCAUAGCGACCAUCAUCAUUAUCACAUGUUGGAUACUGCAAGCAUGUUUUCCGAAUACAAGAAAUCAACAACAUCCACAUUGGGCCGUAAAGGGAAGGAAGCAUCGCAUCGUCAUUAUCCACGACGUUCGAUCAAGGAAAUUGAGUUGGAUCAGAAUUUUGGAUGCAUGGAUGGCAUUGUCAACCCCGAUUAUUACACAGCAUCAACCAUCACCACCAGCACUGCUUCUAUUCAUCCAACAGAGCAAUGGGAUGAGUCGGCCACCGAUUGGGCACCACCGGAUAGUUGGGGCGUACGACCACCCACAGGACCAGAAGCUGCAGUUUCAGGUGGCAUGGUAGCACCAUCAACGAUCGGCAUUGAUGAUGAUAUCCAAGACUUUGAAGAUUACACCAUCGAUGAUCAAGACAAAUAUCAGGUGCCACGCAAGAAUUUUUGUAUCCGGAUCUUCAGACAAGAUGGGACAUUCGGCACACUACAAAUGCCAUUGCAGAUCACCACCAACGAAUUAUUGGAUAAACUGGCAGGGAAGUUCUUUUUGACCGACAUGAAAAAGUACAAUUUGAUCCUACGCAGAUAUGACCUUGAUCGCGUGCUGCAACCCCAUGAACGCCCUCUCCAAAUCCAAAAGAUGCUAUUUGAGCAAAUGGGAUACACCAGCCAGGAUAAGAUUGAAGAUGUUGGAUUGGAAGACAAUUCAUACUUGCUACGAUUCGUAUUUGGCCCCAACUUGGCUCAAAUCCUACCCAAGGAGCCUGAGAUCCCUCCGCAGCAACAACAGCAACAACAACAACAAAAUCAGCAGCAGCAACAGCAGCCAUUGCGUCACGUGGAUUUGAGACGACGUAACUUGACAACCAUCCCCAUCUUUUUAUAUGAGCAUGCAGCUACCUUGGUGUCCUUGGAUGUAUCACAAAACCUGUUGAUGGAGAUUCCAGUGGAUUUUGCACAAAUGUGCACUGAAUUACGCCAAUUAUCGGUAGCGGAUAACGAAUGCCACGUUAUUCCUCUCUCAGUCAAGCAUGUGGGUUCCGGUGCAUUGGAACAUCUUGAUGUCUCUGGUAAUCGAUUGCGGGACCUGGAUCAUGGCCAUGUGGAGAUUCAUCGAUUGACACGGUUGAUCAGCUUGAGAGCACGCAACAACCGAUUGGAUCAUUUGUCACCAAGUCUUGAGAGUUUACAGCAAUUGACGACAUUGGUGAUAUCGAAUAAUGCAUUUACGACAUUCCCUGAUGUGAUUUGUACGUUACGAGCACUUGAAUACCUGGAUGUGAGCUUCAACAAGAUACCCACCUUCCCUGAAGAGAUUGGUCAAUUGACCCAAUUGGAGUCCCUUUUCGCUAUUGCCAAUCGAUUGACAGGUGCUCUUCCUCCUACCUUUGUCCAACUUGAGAAAUUACGUGAAUUGGAUAUUCGACAAAACCUUAUCAGUGAUAUGGAAGUGCUUGAACAUAUGCCAGGCCUUGAGACAUUACGAGCGGAUUAUAAUUCAGUCAUGAUUGUCAACCAUGGAUUUGCUCAAGUACGACGUCUUGAUAUGUACAAGAAUCGCCUCACCCAUUUUGGCAUCUUACCACCCCCCUCGCCCGAGGUAUCCUAUGCAUUAUCGUACUUGAAUCUCAGCAACUGCAAAUUGCCAUCUCUCCCUGAUGAUAUUUUCACUCACACGCCACAAAUGGAAACCAUCGUCCUUGACAACAAUACAUUGAAUGCUAUCCCAUCAAGUGUUGGCGGAUUGAGGAAACUGGUACGGUUAUCGGUUCAAGGCAAUCAGCUUGAUAGUCUUCCCCCUUCCAUGUUUGGUGGCCUUGAAGAAUUGCACUAUUUGGAUUUACAAAAGAACAACUUGAAGACACUUCCCAGUGAAAUUUGGAGUUGCCCAAAGUUGCAAUCACUCAAUUGCAGCUCCAAUCUGUUACAAACAUUCCCUCAACCAUUUUCCGAAUCAGGCAGUAUUAUCACCUCAUCCUCUUCAGCACUUGCCAUGGCAGCAGCAGCAGAAUCUCCUGUUCAUCCACAUCACCAUCCACAUAAUGCGGGUCAAAGUGCUUUGGGUCAGCAACAACAACAACAACAACAGCAUCAGGAGCAAGAUAUUGACAAUGGAGGAGGAGGAGGAGGAGGGCAACAACAACAACAACAACAUGGCGUGGAACGUGGAGCCUCUUCUUCUAAUUUCAAUCCACCAUCCUUUUUCGCCAGUCCACACAACCAUCCACCCCCUUUGUCACUCUCCUUGCGACAAUUGUUCCUUGGUGAUAAUAGGCUCAAGGAUGAUGUUUGGUCACCUUUAUCAUGGAUCAUGGAAUUGCGCACGCUCAAUCUCUCCUUCAAUGACUUGACCGAAAUGUUAGCAGAGGCUUUCUUUCAUAAGCACUUGUACGAGUUGUAUCUUUCGGGGAAUCACUUGACAUCAUUACCAGCAGAGGAUAUGGAGAAACUCAGCUAUUUACGCGUGCUGGCUGUCAAUGGAAACAAGCUACAGACCAUUCCUGCUGAAAUUGGCAAGCUGAGGAAGCUAUUGACUCUGGAUGUGGGUAACAACAUGUUAAAGUACAACAUCUCCAAUUGGUUGUAUGACUGGAAUUGGAAUUGGAACGUUGGACUCAGGUAUUUGAACUUGUCGGGCAACAAACGAUUGGAAAUCAAACGCACACAACAACCCACCUUGACGGGUAAUGGACCAAGUGGCGCAAUGAAUCCAGGGAGUGGAGGUCCAACAUCUUCAGCAGCGGCAGCGGCAGCAGCUGCAGCAGCAGCAACAGCCAACAUGAUGGAGAAUGCCCCUGAAAAAGAUCUUUCCGAUUUCAGUGCAUUGACAAAAUUACGUAUGCUUGGAUUGAUGGAUAUCACCAUGUUGGGUGUUUCAGUCUUGGAAGAAUACCAUGAUCGACGUGUGCGUACUUCCCUCUCUGAAGUGAAUGCUAUGGGCUAUGGUGUCGCUGAUUGGUUGGGGUCCACGGAUCAUCUUGCCACAUGGGAUUUGGUGAUGCCUCGUUUCCGCAACAGAGACGAUGAAUGUAUCUUUGGAUUAUUUGAUGGAAGUUCAGCCAUGCAACAGCAAAGACGAAAGGGCAGCAUGAUGGGUGGAACCAGUGCCACAGGUGCUAGCGGUGGAUGUCGUCUUACCAAGUUCCUCAAUGACAAUUUCCAUUAUUACUUGAUGAACGAACUUCGACGUAGCAAACAAGAUGAUACGAUUGUGGCUGCUAUGCGACGUACAUUUUUGGCCCUUGAACGUGGAGCAGCCGUAGCAACAGCCCAACAGCAACAACAAGAUCCACGUCGCGGUGUGAUGAUGGGCGCUGCUGGUGGUGGUGGAUAUCAUGACACGACUUGGGAAGGUGCAUCCGCUGUAGUGUGCUAUAUUGCAGGAUCCAAGUUACAUGUAGCCAAUGUGGGAGACGCUAUGGCAGUCAUGUCUCGAAGCAAUGGACAGGCGUAUGAAGUGACCCAAAAGCACAUUGCAUUGAAUCCAAGUGAAGCAUCACGUAUUCGAGCAGCGGGUGGAUUCGUAUCGAAUGAUGGAUUGUUGAAUGGCCAAUUGACCGUAUCACGCAGCUUUGGUUAUCUCCAUUUGAUCCCUUCUGUCAAUGCCAAUCCCUAUGUCGCCACCAUCGACCUCACAGAAGAUGAUGAAUUUGUGAUUAUGGCGUCACGUGGUCUUUGGGAACGCAUGACCUACCAAACAGCUGUUGAUAUUGCACGCACUGAAAAGGAUGAUCUUAUGGCAGCUGCCCAGAAACUCAGGGAUUUUGCUAUUACGUAUGGUGCUGAAGAAUGUAUCAUGGUCAUGGUCAUUGGCGUGGGUGGACUUUUUGAGACAAAACAACCUCCUCCUCCUCUUAUGGCACAUCCAUUACGCACGAACAUCCAUCUUGAAGAAUUGAGUGGGAAAUACAAGCGACGUGGGAUCAAGGAUGAUAAUCUUGGUGAUUCGACAUUGGCACGCUUGGAACGUGAAGUGCCACCACCUGUCAAUCAUUUGGCUUUGGUGUUUACGGAUAUCAAAAACUCGACUCAAUUUUGGGAGACACAACCUGAGAAUAUGCGAUCGGCUAUCAAGCUUCAUGAUGCCGUGAUGCGACGUGCCUUGCGUAAUGUGGGUGGAUACGAAGUCAAGACCGAAGGUGAUGCAUUCAUGGUAUGCUUCCAAAGUAUCACGGCAGCUCUCUUGUGGUGUUUCACAGUGCAAUUGCAAUUACUCGAAGUGGAUUGGCCUGGUGGUAUCCUUGAGUCUGAGGAUGGUCGAGAGAUUGAAAAGGAUGGCAUUGUCAUUUAUCGUGGUUUAUCGGUGCGUAUGGGUAUCCAUUGGGGUGCUCCUGUUUAUGAACGCAAUCCCAUUACCAAUCGUAUGGAUUACUUUGGUCCUGUGGUCAACAAGGCUUCUCGCGUCAGUGGUGCUGCCGAUGGUGGUCAAAUUUGUGUAUCAUCCGAUGUUGUUGCUGCAUUGAGGAAUCUGGCCGGUGUAUUCUCUGAAGAAAAGCAAAAGAAUGACGACGAGGAAGAAUCAUCCAAUACGAGUGACGAUGACGAGGAAGAUGAAGAGGAUGUCAAUGAAUUGGGUAUUGGAGGAACAUCAUCCAGCAUUGUCAAGCCAUACAAUUGUUACAAUAUGAGCACAAAGGAAGUACAUCAGCUGAAGCGACUUGGAUUCCACGUGGUUGAAUUGGGUGAACGACGGCUUAAGGGAUUGGAAACACCCGAAAUUCUCAGUCUUGUGUAUCCCAAACAACUUGCAGGUCGCAUUGAAAAGAACAAUCUGAUAUCUGAACCUACACCUGCUACUGCUACGACGACCACAACAACAACAACAGCAACGACGCCUAGUCCUUCGGCUACUACACCAACACCUGAUGUCAUGUUACAAGAGCAAGCAUUACAAAAUCAGGAUGAUACCACGACCUACAUUGAGAAAAGAACAGUGAAUACGACCAUUGAUCCUGCGUUGGUAUGCGCAUUGAGCAACUUGGCCAUUCGACUUGAACGUGUUACUGCUGGGGGCAAUUUAUGUCAACAACGUGCAGGUAGCGCCAUUCAAAGUCAAUACACAUCAGCAAAUGCGGAUGGUAAAAUUGCUACCACGGCAACCACGGGUCUUGGAUACUGGCUUGAUCGACACAUGAAAGAAGGUGCAUCGGAUGAGGAACUUAUGGUGCUCAUGGAAAACUUUGUGGCAAGAGUAGAGAAUGCGGCAUCGACUCUGUAUCUUCAAAAGAUGGGUCAAUUUGCAGGUGUAUUGGAGCAAUUGGGACAAAUUAUCGAGACGGACCCUGAUCAUAUCUUACGAGCAUUGCAAAUGUAUGCUGAUCUUGGCAAUUAA